AUGCCGCCGAACUAUUUAGACCAGUGUUGGGAGGACCUAACAAACAAAUUAAAUUCCUGCGGUAACGGUCCAGUUCUAAUAAGCGAUCAAUGGAAGAAAAGGUUCGGCGAUUGGAAGUACUGCAUCCGUGCGAAAUGCAAAAAGGUGAUCGCCUACCGGAAGGCUACGGGUGGUGGCCCACCUGGUUGUAUGACGAUGACGACAUUGGAGAAGCGGGGAAUGGCAGCCUGGGGGAUGACCGAACUUACCGAAAUUGAAGAGGUCCCUCUGGAAGAUUCGGAGGAACCCAAGGCGGAGUCAAAAACUCCAAGUAUUUUGGCUGCAAUGCUUCAAUGCGAAUCACCAACAAUAGCGACCGCCAAUCCCCAAUCCGAUACCCACCAAAAAAGUGACCAGAGCACACCAUCAGAAAUGACCAAAUCUACACAGACGGAGUUAACCACCUGCACAGAUUCAACUGACGCGACACGGGCGACAGUGGCUAUUCAGGCACUAGGUGAGCGGAUAGAUAGACUCGUAGUGGCGUUGGAGAAGCUGCCCGACGUUGAUAGGCUCACAGUGGCCAUUGAAAAGCUGGCCAACGUUGUAAAUACAUUAGCAAAAUAA